GCGCAAGGAGCGGCUGGAGCUGCAGGUGCAGAGGGAGCGGGUUCAGGAGCGGGUUCAGGUGGAUCAGAGGGAUCAGGUGGAGCAGGUAGAGCAGAAGGAGCGGCUGGAGCUGCAGGUGCAGAGGGAGCGGGUUCAGGUGGAGCAGAGGGAGCAGCAGGUGCAGAGGGAGCAGAGGGAAUACCGGGAUGGCGUCCAACACGGCCACCAUGGGGAACCUGCCCAGCGGGGUCGGGAUUUGCACCACCAUCCCCGACAUUCUCUACGUCCCAGAACUGAUCUUUGGGGGUCUGGUCUGGAUCCUGGUGGCCUGUACUCUGGUGGUUCCCCAGAACCCCCAGGGUUGGGUCAUGUUCGUGUCCGUGUUCUGCUUCCUGCUGACGUUCAUCUGGCUGGUUCUGUUCGCCUGCGGGGGACACCACAACAAGGGCAGCUGGGCGACCGCGGACUUUGCGUACCACGGCAUCGCCGCCUUCUUCUACCUCAGCGCGUCGGUGGCGUUGGCCAAAGUGACGCUGGAGAUGAAAAACGACACCACGGCCUCGGGUCAACAGAACUACAAGCUGGACAUCGCAGCCGUGGUUUUCUCGUACGUGGCGACGCUCCUCUACUUCGUCCACGCUAUACUCUCGGCUAUCCGAUGGAAAUCUUUCUAGACGCCUCCUUCCUCCCGCAGACCUUUGUGAGCUGCUCCGGACCAGAACCCCCUUUUUAUUUUUGUACACAAAGCUGCAGCGUUCUGACGUGAAGAGGAAGCUGA